AUGCCACUCUAUGCCAAGUUCAUAAAGGAGCUCAUGACAAGGAAAAGAAACUGGGGUGAAAAAGAAAAUGUGGUACUCACUGAGGAAUAUAGUGCCAUAAUACAAAAGAAGCUUCCCCAGAAAUUGAAAGAUCCUGGGAGCUUCCAAAUUCCCUACAUCAUAGGGGAUAUAAGAAUUGAGAAGGCACUAUGUGAUCUAGGAGCCAGCAUCAACCUUAUGUCCUUGGCCAUGAUGAAAAGAAUGAGGAUAGAAGAGGCCAAACCUACUAGAAUGGCUCUUCAAUUAGCUGAUAAGACAUUUGAAUUCCCUCAUGGUGUGGUGGAAAAUUUGUUGGUAAAAGUGAGAGAGUUCAUCUUUCUGAUUGAUUUUGUUGUACUUGAUAUGGAGGAAGAGGCUAACACAAUAAUCAUCCUAGGAAGGCCAUUUCUAGCUACUACUGGAGCCAUAAUUGAUGUUCAAAAGGGAGAGUUAGUCUUGAGACUGCAUGAAGUAAAAAUGGUGUUUAAUGUCUUUAAGGCGAUGAGCUAA